GGUACUGACCCCCGGAGGACACCGCUAGCUCCAGGCCUCCAACUGGACUUUGUGCCACUGAUCACAGCCCUCUGAGCUCUGCCGUUCAGCCAGUUCUCAGUCCACCUCACUGUGCGUUCAUCUAGCCUGUACCUUGUCAGCAUUCCUAUGAGGAUGUGAUGGGAGGCAGUGUCAAAAGCCUUACUGAACCAAAAUUCAAGGUAUGAAAAAUGCUGUUCCCAAGAAUGAUAAAAAGAGACGAAAACAGCUGGCUGAUGAAGUUGCCAAACUGGAGGCAGAACUUGAACAGAAGCACAAGGAGGAAUUAAAACAGCUGAAAGAAGCUUUACCUGAGCAGAAUAAGCUAGAUUCUGUAGCUGACGGGGUUGCACAUUUAGAGCUUGAAGGACUUGAGCAACAGAUUCAGCACCCUCGAAUAUCAAAAGCGCAGAAGAGGCGGGAAAAAAAAGCUGCCUUGGAGAAAGAAAGAGAAGAAAGGAUUGCUGAAGCAGAGAUAGAAAAUUUAACAGGUGCUAGACAUCUUGAAAGUCAGAAACUUGCCUCCCUGUUGGCAGCAAGACACCUGGAGAUUAAACAGAUCCCAUCAGAUGGCCAUUGCAUGUACAGAGCUAUUGAAGAUCAGCUCAAGGAUCACCACAAUUCCUGGACUGUUGCAACUCUCAGGAGCCAAACAGCAAAGUAUAUGCAAAGUCAUUUUGAUGAUUUCCUACCAUUUUUAACAAACCCCAAUACCGGAGACAUGUAUAGCAGAGAGGAAUUUGAAAAAUAUUGUGAUGAUAUAGCAAAUACAGCUGCAUGGGGCGGUCAGCUGGAACUAAGGGCUUUGUCACACAUUUUGCAAACACCUAUUGAAGUAGUGCAGAUGGAUUCCCCUCCCAUUAUUGUUGGUGAAGAAUAUUCAGGCAAACCAAUAAUACUUGUGUAUAUGAGACAUGCCUACGGAUUAGGAGAGCAUUACAAUUCUGUAAAACUUCUAACAGACACUGCUACAGAAAAUGGCAGCUAGCAUACAGUUAACAGAUGCAUCUUGAUAUGCUGGGCUCUGGACAACUCCCAAACAGACUGGAAAGUAAAACUACCUGGAAUGGAUUAAAAAUGAAAAAGGUUUGACUAUAAAUUGGAAAUAGCUCUUGGUUUAAAAACAAACAAAACGGCAGUAUUUUGAACUUGUGGGUAUUAAUUGAUUAUGUUUAGAAAAUGUUCUCUAAAAUGCUGGCCGUGUAGAUCAGAACAUUUUGAUAGAACUUCAUCCAAUGACAGAGUGAAAAUACUCAGUAGUAAAUAUUUUGCUUAAUUUGCAUUUCUGCUGAAGAAUUAAGGUUGUCUCAAGAGUCCUGUUAAAUUAUUUCUGGUAGAUUUGGAUGACUGCGGAAGACGUAAGGCAUUUAAAAUUAUUGAUACUUCUAUUUAGACUGGUGGAAUGAGCUUUGCAGUGGUUCUUUAGUCCCAUAGGAUCAAGCUUUAAUACUGUAGUAAGGAUCCCCUUUAUUUAGGCAGGGAAGAGCUAGAGGCAAAUCCAGUAGUACUGAAUAUCUUACCUGGCUGAAGGAAUCACAAACAUAAUGUUACUUUAUGGACUUUCAUCUAAGCUUGUACGAAGGUUUGCGGACUUCUCUCUUGUUUUGCAGCUGACAGUAGGAACCGAACACUUGAUGCUCUUCCUAUUACUCUAUCUGUAGGAAGAGCAUUGCUGUUUAUGACUGUACGUCACAGCAUUACUGUGGGUUAACUGUGCUCUUCAUCCUUCAUGAUUUUUCAUCUGUGCACUGUGAUGAUACACAAAGCUUAUAAACAAAGAAUUCCUCAACUUCCUCAGUUCAGGUAGUGAACUCAUUGGACAUUGUUUAUGGAUCUGCUGUUCUAUGUGCUUCACGAUCUAAAGUGCAAUGUUUCAUAAUGCUUAAAACAACUGGUUGCAUACAUACAGAUGUAAAAAUAACCACCUUGAUUUUUGUCAAUAACUUUAAAGGCAAUCUACAGGAGAAAUAAGUUUAUCUUCAUUUCUCCUUUUGGCACAGAAAGAAGACUUGAAAAUUUUUUUGAUGGCUUGUCUCUUUGCAUUAGAAAUUUAGAUUUUUGUCUUGAAGUUACUAUAAGCAUGACUUGAAAAGUGGCAGCAUACUGAAACCAAAGUUUUCAUGCAAUCAGUUGUUUUUUAGUAACAGAAGUGAUUUUUAAAAAGCCUUAGUCAAUAAAUUCAUAAUUGUCUGCAUUUUAGUGCUUUUUGGAGAAGAGCAAGUUCUUGACAAAUUUAAACACCUCUGCCCUGAGCUAACAAUAUUCCUCUCAUAAUCCUUCAGUAAAGCUAGGCAGCAGUUUGACGUUCCCGGGGCUUCUAAAUUAAAAUCUGCUGUUACUUUAAAUCAGACAUAUGUGACCAAUGAAGUGAACACUUAUCUCAAUUUUUUUUUUUCUUAAAGCAUUUUGAAAGAGAGGAAAGUUUAAAAUUUCAAACUACUACAGGCACUUUUUUUUUUCUUUGAACAGGCAGGAUCUGUGAUUAUGAAUUUAUUAGAAUGAUGCCUGUCAGGAAAAUCAAGUAUUAACCAGAUCUAGAGUUUGGCAUAUCCUCAUUUAUCUGAUACAGUAUAGCAAAUAUAGCUGUAUUUAUAGUAAUUUGAUGAAUCACGUUUACUGUCUUGACUGUGUAAAAUCCUGUUUUUAAUUGCAAAUGCAAAAUUGGAUACAUUAGUAUGAAAAGUGUUUCUAUUCAUAAUACCAUUAUGAAUUUCACUAAAAAACCGUUAAAAAUACUCUUCUCACUGUUGCUUAAAAUUGGUGUGAUAGGAAAUGCACAUGCUGCUUUUUAUAGAUUCCCUGAGAAAAAAGUUCUUCAGUUUACUGGAUUUUCAUUCUUGUUUGAUUAACUGACAGAGAAAAGAUGCCAGAAUUUUGGAAUGCCUGCACUAACAGUUUGUCCUGUUGAAGAUGUUUACAGUUUGUAUAAAGGAAAAGAAUGUUUUAAUAGGAUGAGCAGAAGAUCCUAGCUCAUGUUGUAUGGAAUUUGCCAAAAAAUAAUAAAUUGUUUUUUGUGGCAAACUUU